CAAAUUUAAAACAAAAAUAAUUGAAAUUCAAAGUCAAACAAGAAAACCCAUCAAAAUAAAUAAAUAUUCUUCUGAAUCUGAAUUGAAUCUCUUUCGAAAUGGAAGAAAUUCUCAAAGAAUCCGAAAGAAUCUUCGAAAAAAUCAAUCUUAUCGAGUCAGUUGUAUCGCUAAAUCUCCGACGUUCAAAUAUCGAACCACAAAUCCAAGAAUUAGCUCAAAAAACCGAAGAAGUCAAAUCCCUUAUCCAGCAAUGCAAUCAAGUUAUGAAAGUUGAAUAUUCCAAUGUAAUGAAUGAACACAAAUUGAUAAUGCGCAAAUUACAACAACAGCAGCUAAAGGCUCUUGAAGUUCUCAUCGAACGAAAACAAUCUGCAAAGGAAGAUGAACAAAAAACAAAACAGCUUCUUCAUGUUCGUGGAGCACCUACAGCUGCAACUAAUGUUGCAUAUGGCACUACCCCUCUUGGUGUCCUAAAGGAAAAACAACCCAAAAGCAUUUCUAAACACCUUGCCGUUAAAUCUGUUCAAAAAUUAGACACCGUAGAGGGUAAAAUGUAUCUGGAAGACUAUUUGCAGUCCCCAUUUGUUAGGAAAACUAAACCCCUCUCAAGGCCAUUUCAAUUUAUCGAUUUUGAGGCUGAAAUCACCUCCGAGAUAUUUGAAAGUAUUCCCAAGUACAUGAGAGGUCGUGAGACUGUAGAAGAACUGAAGAACUUUUUAGACACCGUUCUGGUGCCCUGUUUCAAUGAAAAAUACCAACUCCUUCACAGGCAUAGAGACUGCAUUCGAAAUCACGUCGACUUAGACAUGUGGAAACUAUACAAUGAUCAAGCCUCCUAUUUUCCUGGACAGAACUUCAUAACUCAAGGAGAUAUAUCGCGAAGAAUUAAAAAAAUGCUCGACAAAAAGUCACAGAACAAAAUAACAAUGCUCCGGCAUUUGGGUAUUCUGCAGGAGCAACGUAAAGCACAAACUGUCUGUUACAUCUGGACGGCAAAUAAUAUUUGAAAUCAAAAAGGAAUUACAAUAGAAUUAAGUUAAUUAAUAAAUUAUAACAAGGCAAUAAUAAUUUAAAUAAAAUUAAAAAGAAUUCUCGAUACACAAA